UUGCUGCAUUCAUCGUCUACUCGUAUUCUAUUCGUCCCGAUCGUAGUGACACGCUAGAAAGGACGCAGAGGAAGAAGUGUAUUUCAUUGGAUAUUAGUCACCAGCACAUUUUUUUUCAUGUACCGUUUUUAUUCGGGCUAGGGACACAAGGGAGGAGCAGGGCUUGAUUUAUUUUUAUCAUCUCCUCGUCCUCGCUUCAUAGUUGCAUUGAAAGAGCGCUGAGCCAACCACCGAUCUAAAGAUGGGUGCUGGUUCUUCAGUAGCGUUGCAGGGACAUCGGCUGCCCGCCACAGGCGGUCGUGCGCCAACUAGUGCCAGCGCAUUUGAUUGGGACGUCCUUCCGGCGAGCCGACAGCGCGAUAUGUACGAUGGUAUGUUGGAGCCGAAACUUGCCAUCACGCACGAUCAAGAGGCAACCGCCGUUCUUCGCGAAAAGGCGCGGGCAACCGCAGGCUACUUUCAAGAGUCAUCCUUUCCCAUCCUUUUCGUCGGCAACGACUUUCAGUCCGAAAUUGCGGCCUUCCGCGCGAAAAGAGAAGCGGUUGCGGGGUCGCUCCUGCGGAGUCGGACCCAUUCACACUCCUCGGAGGGGGUUAUUUCCGGUUCAGGCGCCUCGUCGAACAAUUGUGCCACAGGAAGUUCCUCGGCAUUCUCAUCCUCGGCUACUGGUCGUGCCACCAGCACGCAGAGUGGCUCCCGGUCGACACCAGACGACCAGUCGGCUUACAGAAGUACCGCUGCUAUGUUGGACCAUGAUAGACCACAGGUAGUACUACCGCAGCUCGAUGUUGGGCUCAGUGCUGAGAAGAGCGACGACCUGCGACAGCAGAAUCCGGCGCCGACAAUGCGCGACCUCGAGAAAAUUCUGCUGGAAAAAGUCGCCCGAAUGAUCUACAAGCUGGGUAAGGCGGGCUACUGCCGCCUCGUCGUCACAACCGAAACGACGGGGACCCUGCGGAGCACCAUCGAGGCGUUAUCGGGGUGUAAGAACCACGUGCUGGAGUUACACGGAAACGAAAACAACUUCUUCGAGUUUUGCCCCAACGACGAGUGCGAAAAGUACAUGCAAUGUCGCCAAGUCCGCAUGACGCGGCGCUACCAGGCCGCCCAAGUAGACCCCCCCGCCACACUCGGCGGACAACCUCUUCCAGCAAUGGGCGGCACCAAUGUAGUAAAUCCCUACAGCGUCGACGGAGUUCCCGCACCGCCCGCCACGACAGCAACGGGGCCCACGACGACCGGUCGACAAAACACGGACAGUGGCGGGGAACUUUCAGAAGUUCCGGCUGCACGACCAGACGAUCGCGGUCUGCUCUUUUCUCCUCCUCAAGCACCUGAAACACGCGCUUCUGGCCACGUCCAGUCUCCUGUUGCUGCACCCAACAAUUCCACUGGGGGGAGUCAUGGGCUGCGCGAUAUGGUUUCACGGGUUUGGCGGCGUUCGCCACUGGCGCAGAUCAUUGCGGGUGGACGCUUCGCGGCGCCCGAGUGUGUCGAGACCCAACGGCUUCGCUUGGCAAGUAUGACGAGCACAUCAAACUCGAAAUCGGUAACGCUUUUGGAGAAAUUGAGGCUGAUACCAGGAGGGAACAGAGUUGACCUCACGAUCCCGGAAAACCACGAGCUGCAUUGGCAGACGAGUGGCGACAACCUGUUUUUACCGCUUUCUGUUCCCUCUGCCUCUUCGAAGCAUCUUCACAGCUAUAGUUCGAAGGACGCCGAUGCAGGCGCCCGAACCUGCCAGCCUUGCGACUACUGCACCGUCUCCGAGCACCUGAACGCGCGCCUAAACCAGCGCAUUCAGGCCCAAAUUGCCGAAAACCGGUUUGCCUUGCGCGACCAGCAAUUCGGCCCCCACCCACGAGCGGUCGAGCAAUACUGCCUGUUCUGCUCAAAAGAGCUGCAGUUUUUCGCCGGGGCCAUCGAUAAGACGUUCGUAGAAGUGCACGGCUUGCCGGUGUGGCCGCAGGAGCCAGUUCUGUGGGACGUGUGCGAAUUUGCGGACCUGUGUGUCACGUUAAGCACAGAUUUGACCGACUACCCCACCGCGGAGUACGUCGCUUGGAUUGCACAGCGCCUGGUGUGGGACCACGUGAAUGGGAUCGAUGACGAUUUGGAGAACUACCCACUGCAGGCCCCCGGCAGUCUGCUUUCCGACAGAAACUCGUGCAUGUGUCUCCGGUGUUGCUGCCGGCGGGUCAGAGCCUACCGGCUAUGGGAGAGCAAGCAAGCUAUGGGGUUGGAGCAGGGGCAGACCCCGAGGCCGGACCGCGAUCUCGAUCCGAGCAGCCAAGAGAGCUGUGCUAGCGAUCAGCAGGAAGUAGUAGACAGGGGUAGAGCUGCAGGGGGCCAGCAUCAACAUGUUGCUAUCACAAUGUCGCAAGAACCAGAGCAAGGAAUGCCGAGUGCAUUUGCACACGUUCAGCCUCCUUCCGGAGGGAGUUUCAGAGCGCAAGACCAACAAUUUCCGCUUGACAGUACUAUGGCGGCUAUUCGACAGAGGAUACAGGACGACCUUGACCGUCAAAGACAAAGGCGCGGGCGCAGCGCUGCCGGGGCAAGACGCGGUCAGCCGUUUCCGCACACUGCUCUACCUAAUGGAGCAGCUAAUGCUAAUUUUCUACCGGACAGAAACACGGCCGAUGGUGCGAUCUCGUUUCUGCAGCCGCCGCCGUCAGCACUGCCACAGGAUUUGGUUGCCCGCAAUGAUCGCUUAUUCCGUGAGGGCGCGCACCAAAAUUCCUCUCCGGACGGGAAGUAUGUGGUAGUUUCCGGCCCACCCGGACCCGAUACAACUCCUCCAGCAACGGGAAUAGGGUGGGACGACAUGACCACUCGGCAACCUCCGCCCGAUGACAUCGCGAUAGAAGGAGCAAGGGAUGGCGCAGCUGUAGCGAUUGCAAAUGGUGGUGAGACCGCGGCAGUAGCUCCGCACGCGCACCAGCAGACACAAGAUGCAACUACACCACACGACAUCCCUGAAGGCGUUUGGGGACCAGAUACGGUUUUUGUGGAAGAAGAAGACGUCGACGGAGAGGAGGGGUACGAUAACUACCCAGACCCCCUGGACAGUCUUCCGCCGCCGUCCGCUUCCUACGACGGUAAGCUAGUGCUGGUGACGCGACAGACCACCCCGUUUGAGCACUUGGCGACGGAGAGAGUGUUCUCUGACACGUUGUUGUUCCUGAAAUUCCUUUUAGAGGAGCUAGGACUUGAGCCCAGCACCGAGCAUUUGGAAAGCAUGGACGACUUUCACGAAUUGAAUCAGAUUACGCUCCAGAUGUAACAAGCAAUGACAGGAUAUAUCACCGUGGUCGUCGAUCCAAUGCAAGCUAAGCAGGUCUACCUGAACCUUUGUCGGAAUCGAUACGAUGCCGACACGUGAUGUUUUCUGUAUCUGUCAUGAUGACUGUGUCUGUGACUCUGUUAUGGAAACCGGAGUGGUCCUGGUCACCUUCCUCAAAUCGGUCUGUGAUCG